GUAAUGACGUAUAGUCUAUGCGUGGCCGUGCUGUCAUUAGUACUAGUGGAGAUAAAAGUUUUUUAUUAUUUUUUAGCUGAAAAUGUUAUUCUCCAAUUAUUUAUUUCGAUAGAAGAUACUCAACGAAAUAAAUCAUGUGGUCGCUGUUCUCCCGAGAUCCAGCUAAGGAUUUUCCCUACGAAAUAGGAGAAGUUGUUGAUGGAUUUGAUGGUAAAAGUAUUUGGACUCUUUAUAGAGCCAAAAAAAAGGGCACUUCAAAUGGAGAUGACGUAUCUGUAUUUGUUUAUGACAUAAAAGCUGGCGGAGAAGUACAAUUGGAAAUAGCAAGGAAUGCAGUUAAAAGAUUGAAAACUCUCAGACAUCCAAGUGUACUCACUUACGUCGAUAGCCUUGAGACUGACAAAGUUAUCUACUUGGCGACUGAGAGGAUAGAGCCACUGCAUAGUAGAUUAUUACGAAAAAUAGACAUCGGUGAAGGUGUCAAAAAAGAAUUAUACUUUUCAUGGGGAAUAUUUCAAAUAACUAGAGCUUUGAGUUUUUUAAAUAAUGACGGUAAUUUAAGACACAACAAUGUAAAUUUAUAUUCAGUUUUUGUAAAUGAGGAGAGUGGUGAGUGGAAAUUAGGAUGUGUAGAGUACAUGACGACCGUUGAUGCGCCAUACAUGAUACUGCCACAUGAACUACAAACUUACAGUCCCCCAGAAGUGCGGGAGAACGCAAAACCAACGUCAAAAUGCUCAGUCGAUAUGUGGGGUCUCGGGUGUCUGAUCUGGGAGGCUUUCAAUGGGCCACUAGGACAGAGAGCCAAUCUCAAAAGCAUGGAACAGAUACCAAAGCAACUGCUGACAGUGUACAAAGAAUUGACGAGUUUAAGUCCUGAUGGAAGACCUAAUCCAGCUGACGUGAUAGCACGGUGUCGUAGCAACAGCGGGUUCUUCAAAAACGACCUGGUUGACGCGCUACUGUUUCUAGAAGAAAUUCAGAUGAAGGAAAAGGGAGAAAAAGGAAGAUUUUUCUCACAACUCGCGAGUCAACUUGACAGUUUCCCCGAAGGUGUUGGAAGACACAAAAUUCUACCCCAGCUACUGGCAGCCUUCGAAUUCGGAGAUGCAGGCAGUGCUGUGUUGCCUCCAUUAUUGCAACUGGGUAAUCAGCUGCCAGACGCCGAGUAUCAAAAGCGAGUAGUCCCCUGUGUCGUUAAAUUAUUCGCAUCGAAUGACCGUGCUACUAGAUUACGACUUUUACAACAGCUCGAUCGAUUCGUUAAUCAUCUUCAGCCGUCUACUGUUAACGACGCUAUCUUUCCUCAGGUAGCUCGCGGUUUCUUGGAUACUAAUCCAGCGGUUCGAGAGCAAACAAUUAAAUCAGUAGUACACUUAGCACCAAAGCUUGAUUACAACAAUUUAAAUGUUGAGGUGUUGAGAUAUUUUGCAAAACUUCAAUCAAGUGAUGAACAAGGUGGAAUUAGAACUAAUACUACAGUUUGUUUAGGUAAAAUAGCUCAACAUCUUCAUCCUCAAAUUCGCCAAAAGGUACUGAUAGGAGCGUUUAUUCGCGGAACUCGUGAUCCUUUUCCUCCAGCGCGAAGUGCGAGUGUAUCAGCAUUAGCAAUCACUCAGCAGUAUUAUUUACUGCAAGAAGUUGCUAAUCGUAUUUUACCGACUUUGUGUACUCUUACCACUGAUGCUGACAAAACAGUACGUGACACUGCAUUCAGAACGAUACGAGGAUUUUUAUUUAAACUUGAAAAAGUAUCAGAAGAUCCUGGAUUAAGAGAAACAAUGGAGGCUGACGUCAAUACUGCAACACCUAGCUUAAGUAAUGCAGCAGCAACGUGGGCUGGGUGGGCUGUUACAACAAUGACUGCUAAAUUUUAUCGAAGCCAAUCAGAUACACCAAAGUCUUCCAAUCCUCACACUACAUCUCGUAUUUUACUUAAUAAACCAGCAUCUCUGGAACAAGCGAGUAGCUCACAAAGCAGCGCUAGUACCACAGCGACAACAAGCAGCGCAACUAGCAUGACAUCUUUGGAUCCAGAUCAUGAGCACGAUUCGCAAAACACCGCAAACACUCAGUCUGACUGCGACUGGGAUUGGGAAGCUGAUAACUGGGGAGACAUGGAGCAACAACCCUCGUCAACGACCACGGCACCCGCUAGUACAGUGACACCAUCAGCUAAUACAUCUAAACCAAAUGACCACUGGACAAGCUUAGAGGAAGAACCGGAGCUCGAAGCUGCUGAGAACCUUGCUGAUAAAAAUGAAGGCUCUGAAUCCGGUUGGGAUGAUCAAGAAUUUCAAGUACUUGAAGACUUUCAAACGAUAGAGCAACCAGGAGUCACUGGAACGAAUAAUAAAUUUGACGAGGCACGAAAAAAACGCGAAGAGCGUAAACUAGCACGCCAAAAACAAAUGGAAGCUAAAAGAGCCACUAAAUUACGGACUACUGCUCCCGCUAAGAAAGUUUAAUUAAUUUUUUUAAUCUAAUUAACGCAAUUUAUAAUUAAUUAUUGUAUUAUAAAACUCGAUUUUAGUGAAUAUGUAAACGAAAGAAAAAAGUUAACUAUUAUUAUUAACAAUAAUGAUAAUAAAAAUAAAGAUUUACACAUAUCCAAAA